AUGGGCUGUGAGGGCGUCCGCCGGUGGGGCCGGAAGCUCGUGCGCAGGCGGCCCCUGGAGCCGAGCGCAGGGGCUGCGGGCCGCCUGUCCCGCUGUCUCAGCACCCUGGACCUGGUGGCCCUGGGUGUGGGCAGCACCCUGGGAGCAGGCGUGUACGUCCUGGCCGGGGAAGUGGCCAGAGACAAUGCGGGCCCGGCCAUCGUCAUCUGCUUCUUGGUGGCCGCCCUGUCUUCCGUGCUGUCUGGACUCUGCUAUGCCGAGUUCGGGGCCCGGGUGCCGUGCUCCGGUUCUGCCUAUCUCUACAGCUAUGUCACCGUGGGCCAGCUAGUGGCUUUUGUCACCGGCUGGAACCUCAUUCUCUCCUAUGUCAUUGGGGCCGCGAGCGUGGCCCGGGCCUGGAGCUUCGCCUUCGACAACCUGACUGGGAACCACAUCUCCCGCGCCCUGCAGGGCGCCCUGUCGCUCCACGUGCCCCGAGUGCUGGCCAAGUACCCGGAUUUCUUCGCGCUGGGCCUGGUGCUGCUCCUCACUGGCUUGCUGGCCCUGGGAGCUCGGGAGUCGGCCCUGGCCACCAAAAUAUUCACGAGUGUGAACCUUCUGGUUCUGAGCGGGGUCACCGUGUCCGGCUUCAUCAAGGGGGACCUGCACAACUGGAGGCUCACGGAGCGGGACUACACGCGGGCCACGGCCGGGCCCAACGGCUCGCACAGCUUGGGCCCCCUCGGCUCCGGAGGGUUUGUGCCUUUUGGCGUCAGAGGGAUUCUCCGCGGAGCAGCGCCCUGCUUCUUCGCCUUCGUGGGCUUUGACUCCAUCGCCACCACCGGGGAGGAGGCCCGCCGCCCGCAGCGCGCCAUCCCGCUGGGCAUCGCGCUCACGCUCUCCGUCUGCUUCCUGGCCUACUGCGGCGUGGCGGCCGCGCUCACGCUCAUGGUGCCCUACUACGAGAUCCGCCGGGACAGCCCCCUGCCGCAGGCCUUCGUCCGCGCGGGCUGGGCGCCCGUGCGCUUCGCGGUGGCCGUGGGCACGCUCUGCGCCCUGUCGUCCAGCCUCCUGGGCGCCAUGUUCCCCGUGCCGCGCGUCGUCUACAACAUGGCCCAGGACGGGCUCCUCUUCCGCCGCCUGGCCCGCGUGCACCCGCGCACCGGCACGCCCGCGGCCGCCACCGUCCUGUCCGGGCUCUUCGCAGCAUUCAUGGCAUUCCUCUUUGAGCUCAGUGAUCUCGUGGACCUCACAUCAAUCGGGACCCUGCUCACUUACUCCUUGGUGUCCUUCUGCGUUCUUGUCCUCAGGUACCAGCCAGACCAGAAUCCCCGCAAGAAUGAGGCAGCGGAGGGGGAACUUGAGAUGAAGCCUGUGCCUGAAGCAAGGUCGCCGGAACCUGUUCCUGUGGCAGGACCCGCGGCGACUCUCAGGAGUCUGUGUCACCCUGUCGACUCCCGUCCCACCCCGAGAUCAGGCCGCACCGUGUACGGCUGUGCCUUGCUGCUCGUUUUCCUGCUGACGAUCCUGAGCCUCAUCCUGGCCCAGUGGCCCGCACUGCUGUUCUCCGGAGACCCGGCGUGUGCGGCCGUGACCGUGUUGCUGCUGGCGCUCAUUGUGGGCAUCACGUUCAUCAUUUGGAGACAGCCCCAGAGCAACACUCCUCUUUACUUCAAGGUCCCGGCGUUGCCUGUCCUCCCACUGCUGAGCAUCGGCAUGAACGUCAACCUGAUGAUGCAGCUGACCGCCGAGACGUGGGCCCGGUUUGCAGUGUGGAUGGUGAUCGGAUUUGCUAUAUAUUUUGGAUAUGGGAUCCGACACAGCUUGAAGGAGAAGACCGAUCAACAGCCGCCCGUCUCAAGCCCCCAAACUCUCGAUGAGAACAUCUGUGAGGAUGAAAUACUUUAACUACAGAAAACAGAUGCUCAAGCAUGUUGGAGGUGCCUUUUGGAUCGAGGGAAAGUUUGAACCUCUAUGGAGGGUGAAGGUGGGAUGCAUUUGGGGCCUUGUAUCGAUUGCCAGUCAGCAAAGUGCCUUAAACAUCUUUUUUAAAUUUAUUUUUUUAAUUGACAAAUAAAAAUUGUAUAUGUGUACGGU